UGCGCAUUAAGUGGGCACCCCACCGGCUGUAUAUGCCGAGCACCAUUACAGAAGCUGGAAGAACAGCGCCGCCGCAUGGAUCGAGGAACAGCCUCAUGGUCAUCCCUGUGCUGUCCGCAGUCUCUGGUCAUCUCCUGUACUGUGUCCGCAGUCUCUGGUCAUUCUCCUGUACUGUGUCCGCAGUCUCUGGUCAUCUCCUGUACUGUGUCCGAGCAGACUCUGGUCAUCUCCUGUACUGUGUCCGCAGUCUCUGGUCAAUCUCCUGUACUAUUGUCCGCAGUCUCUGGUCAUCUCCUGUACUGUGUCCGCAGUCUCUGGUCAUCUCCUUUUCUGUCUGCAGUCUUUGGUCAUCCCCUGCAGUGUCCUCCGCAGUCUCUGGUCAUCACCUGUACUGUGUCUGCAGUCUCUGGUCAUCUCCUGUACUAUGUCUGCAGUCUCUGGUCAUCUCCUGUACUGUGUCCGCAGUCUCUGGUCAUCUCCUGUACUGUGUCCGCAGUCUCUGGUCAUCCCCUGUACUAUGUCCGCAGUCUCUGGUCAUCUCCUGGUGACACUGUAC